UUUAAAAUGUUAAGCGUCCAGAGAUCAUAUUACGACAACAACUACCGGAAGUGAUCCCCACGUCAAAAUGUUGGAAACAACAAAAUACAUUUCAAAGAAGUAAUGCCAGAUAAUGAAACUAAUCAAACAAUGGAUGGACGGUUUUGGACCAGGACGGAAAAGAAACAGUGGAUGAUAGGUUUAUUUAGUGGAUGCGCGACUCUGUAUGCAUGUAGAACUGUGAUGCCAUUAUGUGCUGUACCAAUUGCCAAAGAAUUAGGAUGGGACAAAACUCAGUCGGGGUCUGUGCUGUCGGCAUUUUUCUGGGGUUAUACUAUGACCCAGUUCCUGGGAGGCUAUCUUAGCGAUCGUAUUGGCGGUGAUGUGGUGUUACCUAUAGCAGCUUGUUGUUGGUCUCUUGUCACAUUCUGGACACCGCAGCUGGCCUAUAUAUCAGAUGAUAAAUUUCUUACAUUAAGAAUUAUUAUAUUUUCUCGAGUGCUACUAGGUGUCUUUCAGGGUUUUCACUACCCUGGUUUUAGUUCUCUUAUAUCACGGAAGAUUCCGGAACACGAGCGUUCCCUUACAUACAGUGUUGUUUGCUCUGGGUCACAUCUGGGGACAUUGUUGUGUGGAAGUUUAGGAUCACUCAUUCUAGAAACAUACGGCUGGCAAACAGUCUUUUAUUUUCUUGGUGUAUCUGGUCUAGUAUGGAUGCUAUGUAUGAGAUAUAUUUUAAUAAACCGCCAUAGACAGAAAUAUUUACCUAUCACAAUAAUAGAGAAAAAAGAUAUACCUCAAUCAUCCAUAGAUUCAUCAUCCACUCCAUGGGUCACAUUAUUCUUCAAAUCUUCAUUCUGGUCAAUGAUCAUAGGUCAUUUUUGUGAAAACAAUGCAUUUUUCAUUCUCCUUUCCUGGUUGCCAACAUAUUUUCAUGAAAACUUCCCAGAUGCUAAGGGCUGGGUGUUUAAUGUUAUACCUUGGGUAGUUACUAUACCAAGUUCAAUAUUCGGAGGUUGGCUGGCAGAUUUUAUGAUUACAAAAGGUUACAGUGUGACAUUUGUCAGAAAAUUUAUGAAUACUAUAACAAUGUUAGGUACAGCAUUCUUCCUGGUUAUAAUCUCCUACACAUCCACAUAUCUUGGUGCACUAGUCUGUAUGGCACUGGCUGUCGCAUGCUGUGGUUUUCAUAACAGCGGAAUUCUUGUCAAUCCUCAAGAUAUAGCUCCUAAACAUGCUGGAUCUGUGUUUGGUAUUAUGAACAUGGCUGGAGCUAUCCCAGGAUUCAUCGGUGUGUAUAUGGCGGGCCAUAUCCUAGAAGCAACAAAAAGUUGGGGAGCUGUGUUUAACCAGACGGCAGCUGUGUCUGUGUUUGGCUGGCUUGUUUAUACAAUGUUUGGAACAGGCAAACAGGUCAUCUGAGACAGAAAUCUGGUUUGAAUUCUCAGCAUAUAUUCGAAAUUGUGAUUUUUAUAGUAUUUAAGAAACUAUUGCUGGCUUUAUAAGAAGCAGUAUCUGUACUGUUAAAUUUUGGACCAUUUGUAUACUGAACCAAAGAAGAAGAGGAAUAUGUUCAGCAAUAUUGACCAGAAAGAGGUGUCAGGUUGGCCUAAUCAAAGACUCUAAAAAUAUCAGUAAACUACUUCCCAGUUUUUGUUCUGUUAAAAAAGAAAUGAGCUGCACCAUAAGAAAACCAACAAAGUGCGUUUGCGACCAGCAUAGAUCCAGACCAGCCUGCACAUUUCUGGUCAGGAUCCAUGCUGUUUGCUAACAGUUUCUCUAAUUGCAAUAGACUUCGAAAGCGAACAACAUGGAUCCUGACCAGACUGUGCGGAUGUGCAGGCUGGUCUGGAUCCAUGCUGGUCGCAAAACCACUAUGUUGGUUUUCUCAUGGCGCGGCUCAAAUCCAGUGGUUAUUUCAUUUUUAACUGCUCAUGUUUAAUCAUUAUAUACUGAUUUUAAUGUAUAUUGUUAAAAUACAAUUUUUUUCGUAUUGAGUGGGAAGGUUCUGCAAGGUUCAGACUUGUAUUGCAUAUCUUCUAAAGUAUUUCUGUAUUAGUUUAAGAUGUUAUUUUGAAAUAUACGGCAUUGAAUUAGUAUCAUUAUGUAUAUUCUACCAUCUCUGGCCUAGAAGAUAUGCAUUACUUGAAGCUUUUUUACAUAUUUUACACAACAUUGGGCUUGUUAUAACGGUUAAGAGACGAAGUUUGAUCUCACUUGGGAAUGUUAUAAUGGUUAAGAGACAAAGUUUGAUCUCACUUGGGAAUGUUAUAAUGGUUAAGAGACAAAGUUUGAUCUCACUUUGGGAGGACAGUGCUGUUCUUGAUCAAAAUUUUACUUAAAAUCAUGUAAAUUAGGAGGGACAAUCAGUCUUAGACUUUGAAUAGCUUGACUAUUCAGAGAAUAAGUAGAGCUAUUGCACUUCCCUGCUUGUCUGCAUCCAAAUUUGGUAAGGUUUUUGCAUGUAAACUGGUGUCUCAGCAAACACUGGUGGGAAUGUAUUGAGAAUCUCUGUGUUGAUCUGAUAUGCAAUGCCCAGGUUCCACAAAGCUCUGUUUUGCUUUUUA